AACCAAAAAAUAGCAAAUAUCAGUGGCUGGGACUUGACACAAAAUCUCCAAAAAAUGGCUUCUUCUCUUCAUCUUCUCAUCCAAGUCCAACCUCUCCCCAAUUUCCCUUCCAUCACUGCUCCUCUCUUUCCCCCAAAACCCCUCCAUAUCCCUUCCCUGACCUCUCUCAAACCCUCCAACAAACCCCUUUUCUCUAAACCCCUCACAGUCCCAUUUGCUCUCACUGAAUCUUCAGACUCUCCAAACUCACUUCAACCCAACAAUAGUGCUCAGUCCCUCCUUCAACAACUUGCAGAUAGCUUUGAUCUUCCUCAGGACUAUUUUUCACAGCUUCCAAGUGAUCUUCGUAUAGAUCUAAAUGAUGCGGCUUUUGACCUUUCGAAUGGGCCGGUAAUUGAUGAGUGUGGUCAAGUUCUGGGAGAUACAUUGUUAAAUCUCUCUCGAGCAUGGGAACUUGCUGACACAUCAACUUCCCAUAGUUUAGCAAGCAAGCUCCCUGGGUUGGAGGAGUCUUUGACAGACAAUGCCAAAUCAGCUGGUUUAGCACUUGGCAAGCGUUUGGUGUCUGCUGGAAGGAGGUUCCAGUCCAUGGGGCAGUUUGGUCAAGGUGAACUACAGAAGAUUGCAAAAGUAAUGAUUACAACUGGAAGGCUUCUUUCUGCAAGUUCAGUAUCUACAGCAGCUGAAGAACAAUCAAAGAAGGAAACCAGGAUGUUUAAGUUUGGGGAACUUCAGGUUGAAUUUACGUCAGAUAAAGCCUACAUUGGUGCUGCAAUUGGCUUUGCUUUUGGGAUUCUUUCAUGGCAACUGGGUCAGGGUGUUCAAAGCAUUCCAGAGAGUUCUUUGCAGUAUGCAAAUGAUAAUGCUUUGCUGUUGGCUAAGUCUCUGAGGGGAGCUCUACUUGCAAUCUGCUACUCAUCGGCAAUUCUGUCUGCUUUUAGUACUGUGGGACUUGUCUUACUUGGAAGACAACUAGACUCAAAGGAAUACUACAAAUCACAACUUUAACAAUCAUUUGGUCCAGUCAAGGUUUGGUCUGCUUCCUUGCUAUAUAUAAUUAAGACUCUUGAAGCUGUGGAAAGGCCAAAGGUUUAUAGUUAAUUAUACCGUCUCAAUCUGAUGAGGUAGAAACUUGUUCAGGCUCUUGCUCUAGAAAGUUCAUAUUGUGCUUGUCUUUUUCUUAUUGUUAUCUUAGUAGUGUUGAAAAAAGCAGUGUACAGCUAUUUGCCUAUGCACAGAGUUUGGACUUGAUGUACGCAUAUGUAUUUUAAAUUCUUCAGCUUGUAAGUAAUGCUCCACGACAAUCUGAUGAAGCAGCAAUCUUGGUUUUUGUGA